AUGAGAAUCUUCGUGAGAGGCCGCCAUGCCGUCUACGCGCUACUCUGCGUGUGCGUGCACUGUACCAUCGCGCAAACUGACGAUGUGCACCAGGCGGAUUGGAAGACCCACGAGUCAGAAGCUAUCGAGAAGAGACCUGACUUCAGAGCAGUAUCCGACGAUGAUUUCUCACCUGAAACGAGCUUCCAGAAGAAGCUGAUCCCCAUAAAGGAGCCACGAGUGGAGAAAAAUUUCCGAAUGCUGACCUUACCCCUGGAGCCUGACGCUGAGAUGCUACCAGCCCACUACACCGGUGUCAAACCUCCCGGUGUCGACCAUAUGGAACUGAAAUACGCGGAAUCCCAAGUCUCCCAUACUGUCCCCAAGUCUGAGCCAUUGAUAAAGACCACGCAAGUUGCAGACACUCGGCAAGUAGCCAAGAAGCAUGAAACGAAGGCUGGCAGUGGUGAGACAGGUCAACAGAAGGCUUCGUCCUAUGAGGCAGGACAGAAAGGUGAUCGUUUGAAGAAGAAGAAGAAGACUAAGUAUGUUGAGUCUGGUGCAAAGAAGGGAGCCCAUGGUAAUCAGGAGAACAGUGGCUAUCGCAACGUCUAUCAUAAGGACGAGUACAAGAAGAACCACGAUUUUUACGACAACGACGACCACGGUGGCCACUCGAAGAAGCACGGAAGGUACAACGAGAAACACGUCGCUAUAGAGGGUACGUUCAAGAGAGGUGGCGCUAGUGAUGCCAACUUCGGCGAGGCGGAACACCAUAAGCAAGGAAUAUCAGGGAACUCUCGAAUAAAUGGGGAAAGCAAGGGUCAGGAGAUUCGCCGCGGUUACGAUGGGUUCCUUCAAAACUUUCAGGGAUUCGCGAAGCAGACGGGCAGAGAUAACGGUAAGAGGUUUGGCUUCGGUCAGAUAAAAGUGCGUUAG